AUGACUGUCGUAAGGUUAAAGGCAGUGAUGAUCCAUCCCGACUGUGAGCCUCUGUUGGAGAUCCAGCUGGCAGAGGAGAUGUGUCUUUCCGACAUUUCAACCUUCCAACUGGAGGAGGAGUCCGGGUGUCACUCCAUGUGGGACAACCUCUCCUGCUGGCCAGCUUCAGCUACUGGAGCGACGGUGGUUCUUCCUUGUCCCAAACUUCUGCUGCAGUAUGCAGACCAGCCAGGGAACGUGAGCAGACAGUGCACUGAUGAAGGUUGGACCGAGCUGCUGCACUCUUACUCCGAUGCAUGUGGCAUCAACAUAAGCAACAUGAAAGACAACAUCGAGGGGAUAUUUCUGCAGGCAGUGAAGAUUAGUUACACUGUCGGACACAGCCUGUCUCUGUUGUCACUGAGUGCUGCCGUGGUCAUUCUCUGUCUCUUCAGGAAACUACACUGUACUAGGAACUACAUCCACAUGAACUUGUUUGUCUCCUUCAUUCUGAGAGCCAUCGCUGUGUUUAUAAAGGAUAUGGUGCUGUUCGACAGUGACUCUGACCAGUGCACCCUCUCCACGCCAUCAUGCAAGGCUGCAAUCGCCUUCUAUCAGUUCAGCAUCACGGCAAACUUCUUCUGGCUGUUGGCAGAAGGCAUCUACCUUCACACGCUCAUCGUGAUCUUCUUCACUGAGAGGAAGUAUUUCUGGUGGUACAUCGUGACGGCUUGGGGUGCACCACUUGUGAUCACAGUUAUCUGGACCCUGGCGAUGCUGUAUUACCAUGAUAUUGGGUGCUGGGAUUCGAUUGAUUCUCCGUACCUUUGGAUCAUCAAUGCUCCAAUUUCACUGACAAUAUUGGUGAAUUUUAUUCUGUUCAUCUCUAUCAUCCAAAUCCUGAUCCAGAAAGUAUAUUCAUCAGACAGCAGAGGAAGCGAGUACAGGCAGUACAUGAGACUGGCUAAAUCCACGCUGCUUCUCAUCCCACUGUUCGGGGUCAACUACAUCGUCUUUGCUUUUGUUCCCGACCGUCUGAACGACCACUUCCGGCUGGUGUUUGACCUUGCUCUGGGGUCUUUCCAGGGUUUCAUUGUUGCGAUCCUGUACUGUUUCUUGAAUGGCGAGGUGCAGCUGGAGCUUGGCCGGAAGUGGCGGAGAUGGUGCACUCAGUGGUACCUCACAGCCAAUUCAAGAUACUGCUUCCCUUCCAUGGAGAACCACACCACGAAGGAGGGCACUCAAAUAUCAAUGAUGUCCUGCUACAGCUCCCAAAUGCAAGCUGCUAACAACGAUCCUGCUGACCUGAACCUUGCUAAUGUGCAGUGA